AUGAGUCGCUUUGCGCGGGUGCUCUUAGCAGCGACUCUCUUGCAGUCCAACGUCUGGGCAAAGACAGUCAAAGAAUCUUUGCGCUUUACGUGGGAGUCAGGUGCUCCAAAUGGACAGGAAAGAGAAUUCAUUCACACCAAUGGAGAAUUUCCCAGCCCAACCCUUAUUUGGGAUGAAGGGGAUGACGUUGAAAUAACGGUUUACAAUGACAUGCCAAAGAAUGUUACCGUGCAUUGGCAUGGCCUCGACCAAAAGGACACUCCUUGGGCUGAUGGCACACCUGGCCUCACGCAGCGCCCAAUCAAGCCCGGCGAGGAGUUUGUAUACAAGUUCAAGGCAUCUCCUGCAGGGAAUCACUGGUAUCAUUCUCAUGAGAGAAUGUCUCUCGUUGAUGGACUUUAUGGAGCCAUACACAUCAGGCCGAAGCAAGAUCGCACGGAACUAUGGAGACAGAUAAGCGAUGACGAAGAGGAUAUCAAGGCUAUGGAGCAGGCUGCUCUUGACCCCGAAUAUCUUGUCGUCUCUGAUUGGAGCCAGUAUACUUCCGAUGAAUAUUGGAAGAUAUCUACUGAUUCGGGCAUGCUUGUCUUUUGCCUCGAUAGUAUUUUGGUCAACGGUGUAGGCAAUCUUUACUGCCCGGGUCAGGAAUUCCUUCAAAGCGAGCUUGCUCCAGGUCUGGUUGAGGAUGCCUUCCCACCAGGCACUGAGGUUUCAGAUAAAGGAUGUUUCCCAGCGGACCUCGACCAGGUUCAAGGCGGGCCCUGGAAUGUCACUAGACGUCCGGAUCUUAUACCACCACGCGUGCAGGAAGGCUGCGUUGCAUCAGAGAAUGCAAAUGCAACCAUCACUGUUGAUCCAAGCAAGAACGAUGGCUGGGUCAGUUUCCACAUUGUAGCCGCUGCCACAAUUGCUCAGAUUGCCUUCUCUGUUGAUGAUCACCCGUUUUGGCUGUACGAGGUUGACGGCAACUACGUUAGGCCAAAGAAGUUCGUCUCGGCAGUCAUGUCAGCAGGCGAGACUUUUUCGGUCAUGAUUAAACUCGAUCAAGAACCGGGUAGAUACCAGAUGCGCAUACCCAACUCUGGAGCCUCGCAGGUACUAGGCGGUUAUGCCGUAAUGGCCUAUGAAGGGCAUGAGGACGAUGAGACGUCGGACUCACCAUACCUGUCUUAUGGAGGCAACCCUUCUACGCCAGAGGUCGAGGAAAAUUCAUAUUUCCCGUGGAUGCUGCAGACGGACCACGCGGAGCCUUGGCCUCCGAACAAGCCCCGACCUGGCAAUGCUGACGAGGAGCAUCUUCUCGCACUCGGUCGCGUUGGCGCACCUUACAACUAUACCAUGAACACCAAGUAUCUGUACCCCAUCGAUUUUCAAAACGACGAGCCAUUGUUAUUCUUUCCCAACGCUACUCUCGGCACUGAGAGUGAAAACUUGGUGAUCCGUACUAAGAAUGGAUCUUGGGUCGAUCUUAUUCUGCAGGUCUCUACUCUGCCAGGCGAUGAAGCUGCCUUUGAACACUUCAUCCACAAGCAUGGCAGCAAAACCUGGAGAAUUGGUUUUGGCUCUGGCGUUUGGAACUAUACCAGUGUUCAAGAGGCAAUCGAUGAACGGCCCGAGGACUUCAACCUGGAGACCCCUGGCUUGCGCGACACGUGGAUCACAGAAUUCUCCAUCGGUGGCGAGGCCUCUUGGAGCGUUUUCAGAUACUAUGUGGAUAAUCCGGGCCCGUGGCUGUUCCACUGCCAUAUCGAGCUUCAUCUGAUGGGCGGAAUGGGCAUUGUCAUCAUGGAUGGCGUGGAUGCGUGGCCAGAAGAUAUCCCAACCGAGUACAGGCUCACGUAG